GAAGGGGCGUGGUGUGACGGCGCUGGCUGUGGCGUGCACCGCACCUGCUUCCUUCCUGUGCCCCCGGGCUCUGGCUCCCGCCGCGGCUGGAAAUAUGUCCGAGGGGGUGGAUCUGAUCGAUAUCUACGCCGACGAAGAGUUCAACCAGGACUCCGAAUUCAGUAAUGCUGACCAGAUGGAUCUGUACGACGACGUGCUAGCAGCAAGCUCGCAGCCACCCGAAAGCCGCACCAGCAGCUCGGAGGCACCGACCGAGAUCCGCCAGGAGCAGUCCCCCAAGCCAAACAGCAAAUCGCCUGCCAUCUUGUACACCUACAGCGGCCUGCGUAACAAACGGGCUGCCGUGUAUGUUGGCAGCUUCUCCUGGUGGACAACUGACCAGCAGCUGAUCCAGAUUAUUCGCUCAGUGGGGGUCUACGAUGUGGUGGAGCUGAAAUUCGCGGAGAACCGAGCCAAUGGCCAAUCCAAAGGGUAUGCAGAGGUGGUAGUUGCCUCUGAGAACUCAGUCCACAAGCUCCUGGAGCUGCUGCCUGGCAAGAUCCUCAAUGGGGAUAAGGUGGAGGUGAGACUGGCCACCCGGCAGAACCUGUCGCAGUUCGAGGCACAGGCUCGGAAAAGGGUGCCGCCGAGGGCUCACUCCCGGGACUCCUGGGAUUCGAUGGAUGGCCGAGCCACGCCGACGGAGAAUGCUGUGCCGCCCCCUCGUGUGGAGAAGCCCCCUUCCGUGCUGUCUUUCUUUAACCGCCCCCCUGCCGCCAUGCCCCUCAUGGCCCUGCCCCCUCCCCCGAUGCCUCCCCCGCCACCUCUCUCCUCCAGCUUUGGAGUGCCACCUCCCCCGCCAGGAAUCCACUACCAGCAUCUAAUGCCCCCUCCUCCUCGACUGCCCCCACACCUGGCCGUGCCACCUCCAGGGGCAGUCCCUCCCGCCCUGCACCUCAACCCUGCCUUCUUCCCCCCGCCAAAUGCAGCACUGGCCCCCCCGCCGGACACCUACAAGACCUCUGCAGCAUAUAACCACAGCAGUCGAGAGCUGGGCCCACUGCCUCCCCCGGUGAGCGAAGCCGAGUUCGAGGAGAUCAUGAACAGGAACCGAGCGAUUUCCAGCAGUGCCAUUUCCAAAGCGGUGUCCGGAGCCAGCGCAGGGGAUUACAGUGAUGCCAUAGAGACCCUGCUCACGGCCAUUGCCGUUAUCAAACAGUCCCGCGUAGCCAACGACGAGCGGUGCCGCGUCCUCAUCUCCUCCCUCAAGGAUUGUCUUCAUGGGAUCGAAGCCAAGUCCUACAGCAUGGGUGCCAGCAGCAGCUCCUCCAGAAAAAGACACCGGUCUCGGGAGAGGUCGCCCAGUCGUUCCCGCGAGAGCAGCAGGAGGCACCGGGACCCGCUCCAUAAUGAGGAUCGGCACGAGGACUAUUUCCAAGAAAGGAACCGGGAGCAUGAGAGACAUCGGGACAGGGACAGAGAAAGGGACCGGCACCACUGAGAAAGGAGUUUGGUUGGCAGUAAGUGUUUUUAAUGGACUUGUAUCUCCUCACCUCGAUCAGGACUGAAGGACGGAGGCCGCUCCACCCCUCUCCUCCCCACUGCCCCCAGCUCCUUCCAGGCACCCAGGGAAAGCCACGUCGCCUGCGGGACUCCAGCUGGCACACGGUGGCCUCGGGACCCACACUCGCUGCUGCUGCUUUCUGGGGAAAUGCUGGAAGACGAGUUAGGGAGGGAUAGCGUCGGGGCCACUGUGAGCAGGGAGUGCUCCAGUCCACGGAUACUUGGACCCAAAGAGAAAUGGUGCUUUUCCAUGGAAGCUUGUGAGCUCCUUCCUCUCCGUGGCCCUUCCGGGGACAGCUGGAAGGGAAUCCAUCACCCUCGUGUGUGCUGGGGAGGGUUGGAGGUGGGGGCGCAGAUAUCCCUGCGUGGUGUCUGGCGCCUGGCCUGCUUGGCUCACUGGGGCCAGUAUCCAUGUCCUCCCAUGGUGCACUGUCUUCUCGUCCCGUGUGGGGGUGCUCUCUUGAGGAGUGCGAUCCCUUCUCCCAACCAGUUCCAGGCCUGGCUUGUCUGGCCCAUUAUACUCAUCUUAGAUAACAGCAUUUCCUCUUCCCCCGCCUCAUGGAGAGCAGGCUGGCUGCUGCUUCCCAUCACCUCUUUCUGCUCCCAGUUGCCGUUCCUGUAGGCGCCUCUGAGUCCUCUGCAUUCUGCCCUGGCUCCUCUAGGGGGCUUGUCCGGAACAGAGGUGGCCCCUCUUGGCUGCACUCAAUGCCUCUGGCUCUCCAUGCUGAUCUCAUGCAAUAACCGUUCCAGUUCACGUUUUUCCCUACCGCAAGCCCCAGCCACCUGUUUCUUCAGAGCCAGCCUCCUCCCAGAGAGGCUGCCUUCCUUGUUUUAGAGGAAGCGGCAUGGGGAGAGACUUGAGUGUUGUGAUAUCGGUGGAUGGAGAUGGGGGGGGGCUGGGGGCUGGCUGGAUGAGCCCAACAACUGUUAACCUGGCGAGCUGCUUAGCAUUUUUGUGUGGUGGGAGGUGCAUUGAUUCCAGGGAUCGAGAACUCUGGUGGGGACUCCCGCCUCUUCAUAAACGCUCUAGGAAUGGGAGCUCCCAGUCGAGCGCUGCGUGGGGGGUUUCUUUAGACAGUACCGCUGCUUGCUAUUGCUCUAUGGUGCGUGAUGGUGAGCAAAGGGUUUGGGGUGGCUGAGAGUUGGUCUGCAUCUAGCUAAGGAGUCUUGGUGCCUGUUCCAGCACAUGGGGCUGAUUGUGCCCAACAGUGCGAUGCCUGAAGGGCCAGGGGGAAACAUAACCACUAUUUCCACCACAGCCUUCAGCUGGUGAUUCUCGAAGGCUGGUAGGAUAGGUGGUGUGGAAGGAGCCAUGUUCCCUCGAGCAAAGGAUGCUGUAGGGUACAGGUGGCCAGAGAGCAGCCUGCAUGUGUCGCAUGACUGCCCAUCUGAGCGGCAGCCUGUGGAGACUACACAUCCCAGCAUGCAGUUCUCCAGUCACUUAGCUCAAGCUAUAACACAUUGUAUGCUGGGACCUGUAGUCUCCAGAGCCUGCACCUUUAUGUAAGACUGAAGACAGCAACCAUCUGCUGCAUUUCAUGCCAUUCAGUGUGGCCCUCCUGGCAAGUUGUGGACACAGCUGGGCAAAACCUGGGCACCAUCCCCCCAGCAGGGGUCUCCAGUUGGACACAUCAGAGAGGGUGGCAGGGGACGAGAGUGCACAGCCUGCCUGGAGGCUGGCGAAGUUAAGUGACACCUCCGUAAGAACUGUGAUCGGUGAGCAAAGGCCAGCUCUGGAUGUCUUUUUAAAAAGAAAAUGAAAAAAAAAAAAAAACGGAAACUUAAAGUGAGGUGACAUUAAAAAAGAAGUGUAAAAUACCAGAAAACCUUUUGACAGGAGAGUGUUCUGUUUUUUUACGUAAUGACACAAAUUUUUAGUUUAUUUCAGAAUAGUGGUGGGAGGGGGGAUGAUAAAAAAUAAAAUAAAAAGCAACGCCCCAAUUCCCCUCCCCCAGUUCUCGGUGAUUUGAUUUUUGUCUCUUUCUGAUAGGUUGGAAAUUGUGUAAUAAACUUGAUGACGUUGUCAAUCUUUUAUACUGCAUUGUAUGUUUUCUUUUUUUUCCUUUUGUAACAAAAUAUUUUAAAUAAUAAAUGGGGUGUGAGCUGUUUUACG